CUACAGUACUAUCGGAUCGGAGGCAAGGUUGGGCCUUGUUCUUGUUGUUCGCCAGCUUUAGCGUCUGGGCCUUGGGGAUCUGCUGAAAUAUUCGAGGAUUUGUUUGCCAUUGCAUGAUCCUAACAAAUCAUCUUUGGUUGCAGAUGAGGUAAAGUUGAGCUUUCCCUCUAUCCCCCAAUGGAACCUUUAGAUGAAUCCUCACCUCCCAAGCGACGACUUUCUCAGCCGGUCGACAUCACCCCAACAAAUAUCACAUUUGAUCACGAUGCAUGGGAUAUUGCCGAUGCCUUCCCCGAUGUCAUUAGGGACAUUGAGUCAAGUUUAAAAGAAGCAAAGCCAGACAGCGCAGCAGCCUUGCUCGGAUUGGAUAUAGAUUUAGACGACAACGAUCAUUUCCACAGAUUAGUUGGAUCAACAUAUCGAGACGUAGUGGUUAAGGUUGAAGUUGAUGAUUCUCCUAUGAUAGAGGACACUGGAGAAUGCUUCCAACCAGAUAGUAGAAUAAAAGAGGAACCACCAGAUGGUAGAAUAAAAGAGGAACCACCAGAUGAAGAAGAAGUAAAUAGAGUAAAAGAAGAAAGAGUAGAAGAAUUGAAUCUUGAAUCCAGUGUGAAGAUUGAAGUCAAUGAUUCUAUGAUGGAGGAAACAGAAGACCCAUUUCAUCUUGAACGAAGAGAAGAAUUACAAGAAGAGGAUGAGGAAGAAAGAGGAAACAAAGAAAGAUUAGAAGAGAUAGAGGAUGAUGGAGUGAUUCCAGAAGAAGAUAAUGAAGGAUGGAUGGAUGAUGGAGCGAGUGAUGAAGAAAUGGUAGUUCUUGAUGAAGAUGGCGAUGAUGAAGAGGAGGAGGAAAACCAUGACAUUGGUGAUGAAUUCUUACAAUUGAAACAUUCCACAAGUGAUCGUGGCAGUCGUAAAAACGUCAAAACAAACAAUACUAGUGAUUUAUCACAUAGAAACAAUUCAAAGACUACAAGUGAUGCAGGAGGAAGCAUCACAGAGGAUACCCAUGGUGAGGAUGGUGAUGAUGUAGAAGAGGAAGGAGAGGAGGAGGAAGAAGGAGAGAUGAUAGAUGAUGAGUGGGAUUCUGAUAGUGAAGGUGAUCUUGAUGCUCUUCUAGACGAGGGAUUACCAGAGCAGUACAAACAGAGUAAAGGUGAUGGUACGCAGCAAGGGAAAGGAAGGAAGAAGGCUGGAGAGGCAUGGAGGAAGGUCCUUACUCAAGGUGCUCUCCCUGAAGGUCUUAUAGGAGUCAAGGAAAAAACAGUACUUAAGAGACGAGGUCAAGAGCCUUUAGAAGGUUUACCUGAUGGUUGGGUGAGAAUCAGUCAUCAAUGUGGGAUGCCUCUUUAUCUCCAUCGACCUUCAAGAGUAUGUACCUGGUCAAGACCUUACCUUCUAGGCUCAGGUAGUGCUAGGCGCCACCGUGUUCCAGUAGCUGCUAUACCCUGUAUGCAUUACAGUCGUGCCCUGGAGAAAGAGAAGAAGGGAGAAUCAGAAGCCAAAGACAUAAAGACAAUACCUUCAGAUCUUCCUAAUGGAGAUUUACCUGAUCAGCCGUCCACCUGUCCUAAAGGAGAAAAUAACCAGACCAAUCCUGAUACUGAGAUGAAAGGACAAGAAUCUAAAGGAGAGGUGUCAAAGUUUAAAAAGAAUCGCGUUCAUAUAUGUGAAGAUGAUUCUGUAGAUGUUAAGGAUCUUCAAGAGUACUUAUCUAGAAUAUUCCAGUUUGAAAAAAUAGCCAUCAAGAGAUUCAAAUCUUGGGCAUCAAGAAGAAAAUACACCAAAGCAGUAAAAAAUAAAGAACGACCUCAAUUUCCUGGAGGUCCUAAGGUGUUACGAUGUCAGCUUGAAGGAAAUACCGGCAGAGAAUUUGUAAUCAAUGCUCAGGAUAAGACCCCAGUAUGUAUUCUUCAUGAGUAUGCACAGAGAGUCAUGAGAACCCAACCUCAGUAUGUCUUUGGAGAGAGCAGGAAUGCUAGUGCUCCAUUUGAAGCUGUAGUUGAGAUCAAAGGUGUGAAGUAUGGUAGAGGAGAAGCGACCAGUAAAAGAUUAGCUAAAGCUGAAGCAGCAAAGAAAACUUUAGAUAUCUUAGUACCAGAACUCAUCUCAGACUUUAAAGAAAAGGCACCAUCCGAUACAGAGUAUUUUGACCAUGUAGCUAUUGAUGAUAUAAGGAUCUAUGAUCUAUGUAUGAAGGCAGGACAACUCACUCCAUGGCAGGUUCUUCAAGAAUAUAUACAAAGGAGUCAUGGUAUGGCCGAUACAAAGUUCAGUAUGAAUAUAAAACUCAAAGAUCAUCAACGUAGUGAAUACACUCUCACCCUAGGUCCACAUAAAGUAACGGGAAUGUGCAAAAAUAAAGCCAAUGGAAAACAGCAAGGAGCUCAGAAGCUAUUAAAACAACUCCAUCCUGAGUUAAGAAGUUGGGGAGCUAUCAUCAAGAUGUAUGGAAAGGGAUCAAGUGAGAUCAAUAGAGAGAAGAAGGAAGCUGAACUGAGCGUGACAGGACUGACUCAUAACACACCCAGAGCUAAACCAAACAGAAAGAUCCUGAAUAAACUUCGCCUUGAGAUGAUGAAGACUUACGGAGAGAAGAAUUGGUUGGAUGAGGAGGUGGAGAGACAGAAGAAACAAGGAGAAGAUGGAGAACAAGACAUGGAAGAGGAAAAUAAAAUGGAGUGUUCUUAAUCAAUGUUGGUGCUGCUGUAUUAAUGCUAGUCUGAGAGGUAAAUUGUCACUAGGUGUACACUCACUUGGUCUACUUUCCCUUUGCUUUCCUCCCACAUGCCAUGGUCUAAUCAAAGUUCGUCUAUCACCAAUUCAUCUAAUCACCAUUUGAUCUAAUACCCACUUAGCCACUUUUACCCCUUUGUCUAAUACCCAAUUAUCCCCUUUUACCCCAAAUUUUCAGUAGGGCUAAACCCAUUGGCCAUAUUCUGAUAGCAGGUUUAACUUAAACUCAGGUUUAAAGUUGUGG